AUGAACACAUUAAGUACUCCAACCAUAAGACACGUAUCUUCAAACAAAAGCGGUUCAAAAAAUUCUAUGUUAUAUAUGGGACCAGUACCAGCCAAAUCAACCGCAAAACCAAAAGACCCACCACCACCAACCAGAAGAUCAACAUAUUUCACAGCUUGA